AUGGAGGUUCCAGCAAUCACCAAAUCAAGGCGGAGCUCGAGCUCUAGCUCGUCCAGCUCGUCCAGCUCGUCCAGCUCUUCUCCAUCUAAGGCAUCCUCUGUUCACGCUGACACUUCGGCAGCGCAUGAGCCGCUUUUGAGUGCAAUGGCCUCUUCUCAGCAGUCAGAGUCAAAUGACGUGGCUCAAGAUGCCAACGCUAACAUCGAUCACAACAACGAGGACACCGCCGCCACCACCAACGACAACAACAGCAUCCAGAAUGAUGAUAUCAAUGAACAAGCUCCCUUGGUCACAGGCCCACGUCCCACAGCACCAGCACCCACCCCCAUCCAGCACAUGCACUACGAAUCCCUCCCAGCCCUCAACCUAAACCAUCCCCCCUUCUACGGCACCAUCCGUGACUCAACGGAUGGCGUCCCGCAGUACCAUCCGUUUUCUGACGAAGAUGACGAAGACGAGGAAUAUGAAGGGGGAGGAGCAGGGGAGUCUGGCGGGGGAGAUCAAUUCUCGCGAACCCAGCGGGUUGAUCAUGCCUACAGUGACCACCGUCCUGACCGUGAGGGGGGGCAGCAAAGGGAUGAGGAGGAGAGCGACUCGGGCGGGAACGGGAGGAGGAGCAGGUGGGAGAGAAGAAGGGGGGCUAUCAUGAGGAUAAGAACGGCGAUGAUUUGGAUUAUUGCGUUGCCGCUUUUGUUGGUGGCGGUGUGGCUUUGUGUUAUUCUGUUCAGGAAGGAUAAGAGUUCGUGGGAGACUGAAACGAGGUGA